AUGGCGCCUAUAGCUUUUCAGCUCAUGUCGGAUCUACACCUCGAAACCCAUCCGACCUACGACUUUGACAUCAAGCUAACAGCACCCUACCUUGCGCUGCUGGGCGAUAUUGGGCACCGGUACUGGGUCGUCUUCUUCCUACUCGGCAACCAUGAGCCUACCUACCAGACAUGGCAGAUUGCCAAGGACCGUGUACGCGCAUUCGAGCAGAGGAUGAGCCGACUGCGCUCCACCUCCACCAUCGGAAAGUUUGAGAGGGAGGUGGGCGAGCGGAUGGUCGACUUCAAGGGCAUUCGCGAAUGGACCGUCGAGGACCACAACGAGGCACACCGGUCCGACGUCGAGUGGCUCAACAGCCAGGUAGCUGCCAUCACGGCGACCGAGCCCAAGCGCGAGAUUGUCAUCUUCACCCACCAUUGCCCCACCAAGGAUGCGCGGGCGCUCGACCCGAGGUUCCUCGACAGCCCCGUCUCGACCGGCUUCGUGUGCGACAUGCGGGGUGAGGUCUGCUGGCAGCGCGAGGCCGUGGUUUGCUGGGGGUUCGGCCAUACCCACUACAGCUGCGACUUUGUCGACGAGCACGGCACAAGGGUCGUCGCGAAUCAAAAGGGAUACUACACGUCCCAGGAAUCCAAGUACGCUAUAAAGAAGAUCUUCAUGCGGGACAACCCUGCCGUUUUUUUCCCCGCGCGGUCGCGGGGCGGCUUCAUGCGUGCCCGGGAGAUCAUGCCCAACAGUCUCCUCCAAACUCCCCGCGUCUGCUUGUGGGAUACCGACAGCAAGAUCCGCGUCGACUGGGCGGUAGCGACUAUGCCUGUAUACUGCAUAACCGGUACGAAUCGUGGCCUCGGCCUCGAAUUCGUGCGACAGCUUGCUGCGGAUGCCGACACGACCAUCAUCGCCGGUACUAGGUCGCUCGAUGGCGACCUCUCAGACCUCAGGGCAAUUUCCGGUCCGGCCAAAAUUCAUAUCCUUGCCUGCGAUACCUCGGAUCCCGAAUCGGUACGGCGGUUUGCCUCGGAGGCGAAAUCCAUCCUGGGAGCGGCGAAUCUCCAAGUCGACUUCCUCCUCAACAACGCAGGCAUCCGCGUCAACGUCAUUGGGCCUGCAAAGACGGUGGAGUUUCUCAAUGCCGAGUCGCUGCUCUCGGCCAACGUGAGGAUCGUUAACUUCACUUCGGGCCUGGCGUCGAUGUCAGAGAGCCUGGGCGCAGAAGGCAACACAUUUCGACAAUGCUGCACGUACAGUAUCUCGAAAGCAGGGCUUAAUAUGCUGGCGGUGCACCAGUCGGGGGAUCUGAGGAAGAAGGCCGGCCUCACUGGGGCCGUGGUCAUUGUGGUAGACCCGGGCUGGGUCCGGACGAGGAUGGGUGGACCGAACGCAGUUUUGGAGCCUCACCAGAGCAUUGCGGGAGUUUUGAACGUCGUCCACGGCUUGACGGAUAAGGAUAAUGGGUCGUUUUACUUGCAGCUCGAGGAUCAGUCGUCGGGCUGGGCGGAGCUGUGGGACACGAACCAGUCCGAGUUGUGGGACCGGGGUCGACCUUCUCCGGCCCUAAUUGAGCUUGUGGAGACCCGACCAGACCUGCUGCCCCGAGUGACUGGGAAAGCCAGACCUCGGGCGCUGAUCCCGGGCUGCGGCAAGGGCUACGAUGUGGUAAUGCUGGCCUUGCACGGCUUCGACGUAGUCGGCCUCGAAGUGUCCCGAGUUGCUGUCAAGACCGCCCAGGCGUACGCCGCGGGUGAAAUGGCCGAGCCGAGAACGCACAACUAUGGCAACCGAGAUGACCCGGCCGGAUGGGAGGCGGCGCUGCUGGAUGGGGCAGAAGGCUUCGACCUGAUUUACGAUUACACCUUCCUCUGCGCCAUCAGGCCCGAGAUGCGGGAAGGCUGGGCUCGACGCAUGCGCCAGCUCCUCGCCCCCAAUGGCGUCCUCGUGUGCGUCGAGUUCCCUCUGCACAAGGACCUGAAGCACCCGGGUCCACCAUGGCCGUUGCAGGGCGCGUACUGGAACCUGCUGGCCGAGGGAGGCAACGGCAUCGUGCACGUGCUUAGGGACGAAAAGGCGGGGCGCGGGAACGGGGCGUUUACGCGGGUAGAGAGGUUUAAGCCUCGGGAGUCGUAUCUUGAGGGGCAGGGGCAGGAUAUGGUGAGCGUGUGGUCACUGAAGAAGGGGGCGUGA